CUUUAAAGUAUAUAAAAUGAUACAUGCAGAUGUGCUUUAAAAAUUUAAAAUUCUAUACCUUAACGACUCUACCUCAAAACGAUGUUCCUGUAACAAUUAUUAUUUAACAGUCCUUGUAGCGUUAUUUAUUUUUGUGAAUUAUGUUUAAGUUUUUUUUUAUUAUAUUUGUUUCAUUUUUGUUAAUUAUAAGUCAUUGAAUUAUUUCAUUAAUUUUAUUACCUACGCCCUACCAAUCUUACUUUAUAUUGAUAUAUACUUGAUUUUUCAUAAAGUAUAAUUACUUACCUAACUGUUGGUCCACAUUUAAAAUGAAAAGAACUAGCAGUAAAGUUAAUAAGGUAAAAUAUUGUGAAAACAAUAAGUAUAUUUAUGUUAUAAUGUUAAUUAUUUAAAUUGUCUUUUUAGUGUGAUUCAACUAGUUCCAAGCAGAUGAAAAUCACUUCAAUGUUUUCACGUAUAUCAGACGAGUCACCUAAAAUGGCUAAAACUACUACAGAUAAUAAUGAUGAUCAAACACCCAACUCAAAAUUGUUUUCAAGUCCAGAUAUCAUUCCACCAUCUCCAGUGUUACAGAAAAAGAAAAAGAUUAAAGCAAAACGAAGUUUAAAUUAUGUGAAAGUUGAUGAUGAUGAACUUAAAGAAAAAUCAUCAAUUCUCCAAACAAAUAAAGAAAUUGUUCCCAUUUCUAAAAUAUCAUUAGAUUUAGUUACAAAAACUCCAGACAAAUCCAAAGAAGUCAAUAGUGCAGUCCACAAUCAGUCAUUUAAUUGUUCAGAAUCAUUUGCAAGUACAAUUUGUGAUGAAACUGAUUUUUGUUCCGAUUUGUUUUUAGAUGACUGGAAUGAUUCUCCUCCUCAAAAGUAAUAACAUAUUUUAUGUUUUUCUUUUUUAAACAAUUUAAUAUUUAAAAACACUUUAGAGAUAUUGAUUUGUCUAUACCUCAUCGGUGUAUUGUAAAAAGUAUUGAAAAAGAUUAUGCAAAAAUUAACUUGACAUUAAAUUCAUGUAAAAAUUCUGACGAGUCGUGUGUGUGUUGUCUCAGUGGUAUUUGGUAAAUAUUUUAUUUUGAAUACCUAAUUUAUUCGUUCUUAUAGUUUUUUUUUAAAUUUAUAUUUUACUAAUGUUAAAUAUUUAUUAUUAAUACUUAUUUAUAGGCUUCAAAGUUGUUUUGAAGUUGGAGAUACUGUAACCGUGUUGGCAAAAAAAUUAAAUGAUCUCUGGUCAGUAAAUAAUAAUCACGGAUAUGUUACCAGACAUUCUGAUAUUUUGGUAUCUGGUACAACUAUUGUUGGAUCACUAUUUUGUUCACGACGUUCAGUUCUUGCUGAUAUUUAUAAAGGGCUUGACAGUUGUUCAGCUAUUAUGGUUAUGGGAACACUUCUUCAUCAGUUACUACAGACAGUACCUAUAUUAAUUUUUAUUUAUUCCUAUUUUUUUUUUCCAAACAAAUAUUAUAAAUUAAUUAUUUUUAGGUAUUAAAAAAAAACCAAUUUGAUUACAAGAACAUCAAAUCUGUAGUAGAUGAAAUUGUUAGUAGUCCAGGUUUUGUUUAUACUCUUUAUGAAUCAGAUAUGAAUUUAGAGACGACUAAAAAGGAACUAAUUGAAUUUAUACCAAAAAUACAAAGUUUUAUUAGAACUUAUAUGGUUGGCUAUAAGUCGUAAGUUGAAAAUUAUAUUUCAAUAAUUUAACAUGAAUAAUAUAUAUAUACUAUAAUGGUAUACUAUAUUUUACUGAAAAUUUGAAUUUACAUGAAUACACUUUGGUUAGUAUUAUAAAUAUAAAAUAUAAAUAUAUGAUAUAAUAUAUAACAUGUCAACAUAUUAACCAAGUUUUAAAAUUUGUUUAAAACUAAAUUAUUAUUUUUUUUAAUUUAUAGAAAUAAUGAUAAAACAACUUGGCAAGGUGAAAUAGUAUCAAUUUUAGAUAUGGAAGAAAACUUAUGGGUUCCUGAAUUUGGUAUCAAAGGUAAAGUAGAUAUAACUGUAAAAACAAAAUAUAAUGGUAAAUCAAAAAUAAUGCCUAUUGAAUUAAAAACCGGUCGAGCUUCUGGAAGUGCAGAGCACCGUGGUCAAGUAAUCUUGUAUGUAAUGAUGAUGACAGAAUUAGGCAUGGAUGUAGAUUCUGGUUUGUUGUUAUAUCUCAGGUAAAUAUUUUAAAUAUUGUGUUUGAAAAUACUAAUAAAAUUAGUUGUUUAUAUUGUACUUACCAUCAACAAAAUUUAUGAUAAUAGAGAAAAUAUAAUGACCCAGGUCAAAGUUGAACAUAAAGAAAAACGAGAUUUAAUAAUGUUACGUAACCGACUUGUCCACUAUUUGAAUGCAAAUAAAAUAGUAUCAGAUUCCAUUGAAAACUAUAUUCCAAUUUUGCCAGAACCCAUAAGCCAUCAUAAUGCAUGUUCAAAGUGUCCAUAUUUAACCACAUGCAGCGCAGUUUUAAGGUAAAGAAGAAAAAUUACCUAAUAUUAUUUGUGUUGCUAUUCAAUAAAUAUUUAGUUAUUAAGUUUUAAAACAACUAUAUUAUUAGGGAAAUUAAUAAUAUAGCCUAUUAAAUCACUGUGUAUAGAUGGUUUAAUGUACUUAUAUUAUAAUACUAAGUACUUUAAUUCUUAUGUAUAUAUAUAUAUAUAUUCAAAAAAUAAUUAUGUUUCAGUAGUUAAAUUUAUUUUUGUUUUAAACCUUUUUGUAAAAACAAAAUUAUAGUAAAGAAGGUUUUGAAAAGCUAGAUCAACAGAAUCCAUUGAAAAGUUUAGGCCCUCAAGCUAUAAGUCAUUUAAAACCAGAACACAUUAAUUAUGUAAUGCAAUGGACUGCCUUUUUACAGUUAGAAAAUUGUUCUGAAAACACUAAUCUAAUUGCAAAAACUAGUAACAUAUGGACAUUACCCAUUGACGAGCGGUUAGUAAUAUUACAUUUUAUUUACCAUAAACAUAUUUACUAAUUUUCUUAAUUUUUAGCGUAAAGACUGGACAUUGUAUCGCUUCAUUAAAAAUUUCAAAGGCUGUUAAAGAACAGGGAUCCAGAUAUUAUUUACAUACAAUGGAAAAAUCAGACAAAUCUUCUCAAGAAAAUUUCAAACUUACAAAUUUUUCUGUUAAUAAUUAUUUAGUUGUUAGUACAAAUGAUCGAAAUGCAAUUUCCACUGGUUUUAUUUCAGCUAUGACUGAAUCAUCAGUUGAUCUUUUGUUGGAUAGGUGAAAUAACACAAUUUUAAAUUUUAAACUUUUGUUUAAUUAUAUUUAUUUUUCAGGGACUUAACUAUGCUUAAACCAUCAUUGUACCAUUUAGACAAGUAUGAGUCCCAGUCGAUAAUAUCAUUUAAUUUUUCUAGUUUGGCACUUUUAUUAGAACCUAGUGAAAAUUCAGCACGAUUAAGGCAAUUUAUUAUUGAUAAAGAAAUACCUUCAUUUUUAUCGUCAGAUAGUCACAUACUUUCUUUCAUUAAGAGUACUGGAUUGUCUUUGAAUUUAAAUUCAUCACAAAAUUCAGCAAUUGUUAAGGCUUUAGCUGCAACAAACUAUGUUCUCAUUAAGGGUAUGCCCGGAACUGGUAAAACAUCGACUGUGGUUACUCUUAUUAAACUUCUUGUACUGAUGGGUCGAUCAGUAAUCGUCACUUCCCACACUCAUUCAGCUGUUGAUAAUCUAUUGUUGCUAUUGGAUAAAUCUGGAGUUGAUUUUUUGAGAUUGGGUUCGAGUACCCGUAUUCAUCCUGAUUUGCUGGGAAAAUCUGAAAGUGUAUUUUUCAACAAUUGUGAUACACCUGAAAAAUUAUCAAAUUUAUACAACCAAGUGGUAUAAUAUAUAGUAUAUUAUACAGAAUGAUUCAUCAAACACACUCAACCCAAUUUCAGGGGUAAAUUAUACAUAUGCAAAUUCUGAUAGUAAAGCAUAAUAAUUUGUAUAUCAUAACAGUGCUUGGUGUUUGAAAAGUGCUCCACUACUCUCCACCUGUCUAAAUUUAUAAGUGGAAUAUUUCGUGAAAGAAUUUAUGGAAAUAAAAAAAUUCCUAUAGCAACAUUUAUUUUUAAUAUAGGCUCUCAUUUGAAAAACCAAAAUUGGUAAUCACUCCUUAAUUGUUGUAAAAGAUCCAAGUAUACAAAAAUAUAGUUUUCAAUUACACUUAAAAAUCUGAAUUUGAAUGUAUGCAUAAUUUACCCCUAAAAAUGGGUUGAGCUUGCUCAAUGAAACACUUUGUAUAUACUGUUAAUAAUAAUAAUAAUAUUACAGUUUUGUAUUUUAUAAGAAAAUUGUAUCUGUUUAAGAAAGUUGUUGGAGUAACGUGUCUUGGAUGUGGCCAUCCAUUACUUCAGAAACGCACGUUUGAUGUAUGUGUUGUUGACGAAGCUACUCAAGUAACACAAGCAUCAGUUAUAGCAGCUCUUUACUCUUCAAAGAUGUUUAUUUUAAUUGGAGAUCCACAACAGUUACCUCCUUUAAUUAAAAAUAAAAGAGCAAAGUAAAAUUUAAAAAGUUCUCUGAAAAUCAUAGGAAUAUUAUAAAUUAAUUCUUUGUAAUUUUAAUUUGUUUAGAGAGUUAGGUAUGGAUGUCAGUAUGUUUGAAAGAUUAGAUAGACCAUCUGUUACUGCUAUUCUUCAUAAACAAUACCGAAUGAAUGGUCCUAUUACAGAACUUGCCAACAAGUAUACUUAUAAUGGAAGUCUAAAUUGUGCAAAUGAUAAAGUCAAGUAUUCAACAUUAAAUCUCAAUCAUGAUAAAAUUGAAUUUAAUGUGAGUUUACAUUUGUUUAAUAUUUAGAUAUUCUUUAAUAUAUUAAUGUUCUUUAAUUUUAGGUCAGUAAUGAAUGGUUAAAAGAUGUUAUAUCAUCAGAUAUAGAGAAAUCUGUCUUAUUUUUUGACACUGGAACAGUGAAUAGUAGUAUUUCAACAGAUACAAAUUUAACAGAAGUUGAAAUUAUCAAACAAAUAGUUUUAGUUUUAAUUGAAGUAAAUUAAAAUUGAUAAUAAUAAUAGUUUAGUCCAUGUUUUUAUGUUUUUAUUUAAACAGGGUGGUCUUCUAGCUAAAUCAAUUGGUAUCAUUGCUCCUUAUAGAGCACAAGUAUUACUUUUGAAAAAAAACAUAUCUUCUAUAUAUUCAGAUAUUGAAGUUAAUACAGUUGAUCAAUAUCAAGGAAGAGAUAAAGAAGUUAUAAUAUACUCAUGCACAAAAAAUACUGCUGCUAUAGUAAUAGAUAAAUAUACAUAUUCUAUGUUAAGUUGAUAUUAUUUAUGAAUAUAUUUUUAAGGAUGCUGGUAUACUGAGUGACAAAAGAAGAAUAACUGUGGCAAUAACUAGAGCAAAACUCAAGUUAAUAAUGAUAGGUGAUGUAACCACAAUGAAAAAUUAUGAAACAUUCAAUAAAUUGUUGAACCACAUUCCAAACAUCAUAAAAAUACCUCAAUUCUGAAAACGUGUUAUAUAUUGUGAUAGCUGAUAACCUCUGUGUGUACAUACAAGUCUGAUGUAAUUUAUUGUAA